AUGGCUGAAAUCGAAGAAGCAAAAGCAGUGGUUAAGCUUGUUCCCAUAUGGAUGACUUGCUUAGUCUAUGCCAUUGUACAUGCACAAUCUCCCACUUUCUUCAGAAAGCAAGGAUCCACAAUGGACAGGUCAAUCUCACCAGGACUCAAAGUCCCUGCAGCUACGUUCCAAAGUUUCAUAAACAUAUCAAUAGUCUUCUUCGUCCCAAUCUACGACCGUCUGCUUGUCCCUAUCGCAACAUCCUUCUCUCAAAGCCCAUCAGGAAUCACAAUGCUUCAAAGAAUUGGCACAGGGAUAUUCUUCUCUAUUCUUUCUAUGGUAGUUGCCGCCUUGGUCGAGACCAAAAGGCUACAAGCCGCUCAUGAUGACCUCACCAUACCAAUGAGCGUGUGA